AGUUUCCCAUCUAGUUAGUAUCAAUAUACAGGUCCAGUGAGAGCAAGGAGAGAAAGCUGCUUUCAUUUUCAGUUUUUCUGCCCUGGGAGCCUGAGCAGUAGCAAUGGCUGGCAGGGGGCCAGAGAAAGAAGAUCCGGUCAACCUGAUGAAGUCCAUUGCCAGGAACAUGUUUGAAGGCUUUCUUGAUGACUUGGAAAAUAAUGUGUUAAGUGGGGAUGAUUUAAAAAAGUUAGGGAAAAGAGUGAACCUCAUCGUGAAUGGGACUGAAAACCUAGUUGAAGAUCUCAGUGAGAAAACACAAGUGGCAGGCAAAAUAUUUUUGAAACAUCUCUUGAAGCCAAAGAAACAGAUGAAUUUAAAAUCUCUUGCUGAUUAUGAGGAUGAUGAAUCUGAGGACACUGAGUCACCUUUUUCUUCAACAGAAUCUGAAGAUGAAAGUGAAGAAAGUAGCGAUGAGGAAAAAGCUGAAUCAGCCCAGGGAUUGGCUAUGUCUCCAACAGAAUCUGCAUGUGAAGGUGAAGAUGAUGAAACUGAGGAGAAUGCAGGAUUGUCCCAGGCAUCCGUUCCACCUAUGACAGAUCCUCAGGAAACCCAAGUUUCCCAACCUAAAGACAAGUUGAAGCCUUGUUCUCAUGAUCAUUUCCGUAAACUGAAGACAACAAAGGCAGAAGAGAUGUAUCCAGUGAUGGAGAAGAAAGGCCGAACACGCCUGGCCCUCAUCAUCUGCAAUAAAAAAUUUGACUAUCUGUCUGAUCGAAAUGGUUCUGAAGUUGACCUUGUGGGGAUGCAAGACCUGCUUGGAAACCUUGGAUACUCAGUGGUUGUAGAAGAGAAUCUCACAGCUCUGGAAAUGGAAACAGCGCUAAGGCACUUUGCUGCCCGCCAAGAGCACCGAUCCUCAGACAGCACAUUCCUGGUGUUUAUGUCACAUGGCGACCUGGAUGGUAUCUGUGGGACAAAGCACAAUGAAGAAGAGCCAGAUAUUCUUCACGAUGAUACCAUCUUCCAAAUUUUCAACAAUCGUAACUGCUGCAGUCUGAGAGACAAACCCAAGAUCAUCAUCAUCCAAGCCUGCCGAGGCAGAGGUGAUGGGAGUGUUUGGGUGACUGACACGGGAGUAGCCUCUGCCUAUAGUUCUGACCAGCCCUUCCAGGGUUACAUCUGGAAUGAUGCUGUUACAAAGACCCACGUAGAGAAAGACUUCAUUGCCUUCAAAUCUUCAACUCCACAUAAUAUUUCCUGGAGAACUGACAAAACUGGCUCAAUCUUCAUUUCCAAACUUAUCUACAACUUCAGAAAAUAUUCUUGUUGUCACCAUUUGGAGGAGAUUUUUCGAAAGGUUCAACGUUCAUUUGAGAUCCCAAGUGUAGUGAUCCAGAUGCCCACGAUUGAAAGAGUAUCCAUGACGCGAUAUUUUUACCUCUUCCCUGGGAAUUAAAACUCAUACAAAACAUCUCAGGAAAAUGGAGGCCUUAUGACCUCUAUGAAUCCACUAUUUUAAAAGUGAAAUUUUUGAUCAAAAAUAUUUUUAUACCAAACUUCCCAACUGCCUACCUCUACAAAUACCAGGCUAAAGUUACUCUCAUACUGUUGCUGAGUUAAUGCUUAAUAAAUUCUUUUAAAAUUAUGCUUGUUUUCUCAUUUUAUCAUUAAGGUAAAUUUAGGGAAGGAGGAAAUUUUCUCCUACCCUUCUAGGUUCUUCUGGCUGGUCUAAGAAUUAAAUUGACAUGAGACCAAAUAAGAGGAGAAAAUCAAACAAAGUUUAAUAACAUGUAUACAUGGGAUAAACCCAGGAAAAUUGAAUAACUUGCCAAAAUUGUUGAAGCUACCAUCUUAAAUACCAUCUUCAGCUAAAGAGGAUGUGGGGGAUAGUGGUUUGGGACUUCAAAGGGGAGGAGGGCAAUUCACAUAGAGAUGUAAAAGCAAAUGUUUGGUAAGCAAAUAUUUCCCAUGCUUGCAGAGACAGUGGGACAUGGAGAGGACUUUGAUCAAAGGGGCCUUGCUGGGUCCCUCCCUGUCUACCACUCCUACUUCAUAUACUAUAGCUAUCUAGGGUGAUGGUGAUAGUUCUUUCCUGGAACAGACUUCUAUCUUAAAUUCUUUUAGGCCAUUAGGGGGAAAGUCAAAGUUUCUUCCUGAGUCUUUUGUUCCUAAAAAUAAUCAAGCAAAAGAGACAAAAAUUUUGGGCUAGCAAAUUCCACUCCCUUACAUAAAUCAUGCUCAUUGCAAAACAAAUUUUAAAUAUAGGAAAACAAAAAAACUGUUAAUGAAGAGUAAUACUUCUUAACCUUUUUGUAAAUAAUUGUAAUAAACUCAACUUAUUUUUAUGAAGUUCAUUAAUUUUGUAUAAUCAAUUUUGUAUCUGUUUUAUUAUUUUUUCAUAACCAUCACUAAUAGUAAUAAAAGAUGCCCCAUAUAUGAUUUUUGAUUUUAUAAUAUUCAUCAGAUGUAUAUACGACAUAUUAUUCAAACUUCUACCUUACUUUUCAAUAUUUAUUUCCUACAUGCUGUGUGAUGAUGAAGAUGUUUAUGUUUUUACCUUUGUUUCAGUUUAUUUUCUUAGAAUGUAUUCCUAAAAGUGGAAUUUCUAGAUGCAAGUAUAAAUACUUUUACACUUUCUAUUGUCAAACUUUUAUGCCAAAUUGUAUGUAUACAAGAAAUCUAAGAUAAUGACUGACAGAGAAGUGAAGAUAAAUGUCUAUUUUUAAUACUGUUGCUAAUAAAUGAAA